AUGUCUGGCCAAUCGUCCUCCACAUCAACAGCCACAAACAUCAUGCUAGCAAUCUACGAGAAAAAAACAUCCUCCGUCGACCUCUACCGUCCUCUUCGCAACUACAUCUCCAUGUUCUACUCCGAACACGAAGCGCAAAACCUCGAAGACGAUCUCCAAACUGUCAAACAAUACCGUUCCGAUCUCGAACGCCAACCUGACCCGUCCCCUACUUCCCGCCGCGACCUCCUCCAAAAGUACUUCAAAGCCCUCUGCUUGAUCGAAACCCGAUUCCCAAUCUCCCCCGACAACGACCACAUCAACACGGUCACGUUUGUCUGGUACGAUGCGUUUAAGCAAAAACUGAAAGCGUCGCAGCAGAAUAUUCAUUUAGAGAAGGCUGCUGUGCUUUUUAAUUUGGGUGCCGUUUAUAGUCAGAUUGGCUUGUCGUUUGAUCGGGCCACAAUGGAGGGGAGGAGACAGGCGAUUCAUGCGUUUAUUGCUGCCGCUGGCGCGUUUGCUUAUUUAAGAGAUAAUGCUGCUACGAAAGCGUCUAUGGGGACGAGUACGACGGUUGAUCUGUCGGUUGAGUGUGUUGGGAUGUUGGAGAGAUUGAUGCUUGCACAAGCGCAAGAGUGUGUCUUUGAGAAUACUAUUGCUAAAGGGAGUACGCCUGGUGUUUGUGCCAAGAUUUCUCGGCAGGUUGGGUUGUACUACGAGGAAGCUUUAGGAGCACUGAAUGUCACACCUCUAAAAGAUCAUUUUGACAAGGGUUGGAUUGCUCAUGUCCAAUUAAAAGCAGCUCUGUUCUAUGCAGAAGCAUGUUAUCGAUACAGUUUGGAGCUUCAUGAGAAAGAAGAAAUUGCAGAAGAAAUUGCACGAUUGAAGAGUGGGGCAAGUGCAUUAGCAGAGCUAGAAGCCAAUAUCAACCGCAACCUGGACAGGGCUGUCAAGGAAAAUGAUAGAGUCUACCUCAUGAGGGUUCCUUCCCCAAGUUCCUUACCCCCUCUUCCAGCAUUUUCCAUGGUCAAGAUCAUGCCAAUGAAUGAGGUACUCGAUGCCAGUAGGGAGAAGUUGUUUGCUAGUCUUGUUCCAGACAGCAGUGCAAAAGUUCUUUCAAGGUACACCGAAAUGGUUGACGAUAUUAUCAGGACACAAGCUGAAAAAUUGCAGCAAGGGAGUGAGCUAGCUCGAGUGAGGCUCAAAGAAAUGGACCUGCCAGAUUCUAUUCUUUCUUUGGAAGGAAAUACUACACUUCCAACAGAUCUUAAAGAAGAUGUGGAAGCAGUGCAGAUUAGUGGGGGCCCAGCUGGCCUUGAAGCCGAGUUGCAGCAACUGAUGGAUUUGAGGAGGGUAAACCAAGAAUUGCUGGUCCAGACUGAGGAACUUUUGCAAAAGGAAGCAACAGAAGAUGCUCAGUUUAGAAGCCAAUUUGGUACACGGUGGACCAGGCCUCAAUCCAGCACAUUGACAAAGAACUUGCAGGAUAGAUUAAAUAGGUUUGCAGCCAACUUAAAGCAAGCUGCAGAUAGCGAUGCCAGAAUUGAACGUUCAGUGAGGGAUCAUUCAGCACUCAUGUCGAUUCUUGAUCGCCGGCCGAUAGAAUCUGCACUUCCAACUUUAGCUAGGCCGAUAAUGUCUUUGGAUGCUAAUGAAGAUGCUAUAGUAGGGGCCUUGAAGCAGAGCUUGAGGCAAUUGGAGACUCUUGGUGCUCAACGAGCUGGUCUUGAGGACAUGCUCAAAGAGAUGAAACGGAAGGAUGAUGUACUGCCAAAGCUGAUGACAUCCACCGGAUCCUACGAAGAUCUUUUCAGGAAAGAGAUAGCAAAAUAUGAUCCCAUCUGUGAAGACAUUGCACAAAAUAUUGUGGCACAAGAACAGUUGUUGUUGCAAAUUCAGGCUCAAAAUGAAGAGUUUUAUGCUGUCUUCAAUCUUGAAGAUUACAAAGCAUCCCGUGAAAAGUGUUAUAAGCAAAUACAGGCUGCCAUAGCCAAGUAUCGAGAAAUAAAGGAGAACAUCAAUGAGGGAUUGAAGUUUUAUGUUACUCUUCAGGAUGCCAUUACCAAUGUCAAACAGCAGUGCAGUGAUUUUGCGAUGACCAGAAAUAUCCAAUGCCGAGAAAUGGUUGAAGAUGUACAAAGACAAAUGGCUGGACUAAGUUUUCAAGACCGUAAAAACACAGGCUCAUACAGCUAUCCUGCGGUAAACCAGCCCCAUCAAACUCAAAGAUCCAGUUCCCAGCCGCCAUCAGAUCCUCAAAAUGUUCCGCAUCCUCGCCCCCAAACACCGUACUAUCAGCCUCCUGAGCAGUCUACAAUACCUGGCUAUGCCCAUCCUCCUCCCCCUUAUACAACACCACAGCAGCCACCUCCUUAUCAUAUCCCUCCUGCUCCUGGUGCUCCUUACCCACCCCCACAGGUUCAACAACCACCAACAAGCCAUGAGUAUGGCCAACCUGCCUAUCCAGGAUGGCGGGGCCCAUACUACAAUGCCCAUGGACAACAACCUGGAUCUUUCGCUCGGCCUCCUUACACUAUUCCAGCACCUUUUGUCCAGCGGGAUAUAGGGUUUGCAACAAAAACAGUAUGUUUUGUACUAGUUCACAUGGGGGAAAAGGCUACCAACGCUUGGACUAGCGAGUAG